GGUAAUGCUUUUCAAGGAAGAAAGAAAGACAAGAGUUAUUUCUGGAAUAACUUUAACAAGAGGAACCUUUGUUACGAACAUGGUGGGUGGGAGCAUCCACCUUCACAGCACCAGGAGGAUGAUGGAAACAUGGUGAUGAGGGAUGUCCAUGAGGACUUGCACAUAAGACACAGCACUCAUGCCAUCAGAUGCAACAAGAGGAGAGGGAAAGGGAGUAAUUAAGACCCUAUCCAUAUUACUGAGUGGAGAAAUAGAAAACCUCCAAAGAGAGGAAUGGGGGAGAACACACAAGAUGGAACCAUGGGGAGCUGGUUCAAGGUCACAUUGAGUAUUCCAUAUGGGAGAAAGUAUGACAGGACGUGGCUAAUGAAUUCAAUCCAGAGCCAGUGCAGUGUCCUCUUCAGCCCGGUCGAUGUCCACUGUGGCAAAAAUCGGGCCCAGUUCUUUGUCCAGGACGCUAGUACUGCCUCCGCACUGAAGGGUGUCAGCUAUAAGAUUUGUGUUGAGAAGAAUCAAAAGAUAAGUGUCUUUGUCAGUCCUUCGGCUGUACUUUACUCUGUGCAGAGUAAGUUGAGGCCAGAACAAAUGGAGAAGCUAAAGCUGACCAUGAACAAACGAUAUAAUGUCUCUCAGCAGUCUCUAGACCUCCAGAGGCUGCGCUUUGACCCAGACUUGGUGGGCCAUGAUAUCGACAUAAUCCUGAAUCGAAGAAACUGCAUGGCUGCCACCCUGCAGAUCAUUGAAAGGAAUUUCCCUGGGCUGUUGUCCUUAAACUUGCACAACAACAAACUGUACCAGCUGGAUGGCCUGUCUGACAUUAUAGAGAAUGCCCCUACAGUCAAGAUCCUGAAUCUUUCCAAAAAUCAGCUGAAGUCAGUGUGGGAGUUGGACAAGGUGAAAGGGCUGAAGCUAGAAGUUCUGUGGCUAGAUGGGAACCCCUUGUGCAGAAACUUCCCAUACAAACCUGCCUAUGUAAGUGCCAUCCAGGAUUGUUUCUCCAAGUUGUUACGCCUGGAUGGCCAAAAGUUAGGCCCUUAUCAUUGA